AAGGAGCCCAUCCUGCAGGCAAACAAUGAACGCUUCUGCCUGCUGCCAGUCAAAUACGACCGCUGCUUCGAGUACUACAAGCAGGCGCAGGCCAGUUACUGGACGGCAGAGGAGGUGGAUCUGAGCCAGGACAUGCGGGACUGGCGGAAGCUGACGGAUGAUGAGCGCCACUUUGUGUCGUAUGUCCUCGCCUUCUUUGCCGCGUCUGAUGGCAUCGUGCUGGAGAACCUGUCCACGCGCUUCAUGCAGGAGGUGCAAAUCCCGGAGGCCCGCGCUUUUUACGCUUUCCAGAGUGCCAUUGAGGCGGUGCACAGCGAGAUGUACGGGCUGCUGCUGGAGCAGUACAUUCGGGACCCAGACGAGCGCGACCUGCUCUUCCACGCCGUGGAUACCAUCCCCUGCGUCCAGAAGAAGGCGCAGUGGGCGAUGAAGUGGAUAGAGAGUAGCAGCUGCUUUGCAGAGCGGCUGGUGGCAUAUGCGUGCGUGGAGGGUAUCCACUUCUCAGGCUCCUUCUGCUCCAUCUUCUGGCUGAAGAAGCGCCAGCUCAUGCCGGGGCUGACCUUUAGCAAUGAGAUGAUUAGCCGCGACGAGGGGCUGCAUACGGACUUUGCCUGCCACCUGUACGAGCUACUACAGAACAGG